AUGAUUGGCGAGAUGCAAAGUCAAAGUGCACCAGGCACUGAUGCGAUGAAAUCAGAACUUGAUACUGCGAUGACUGGGUCCGCAGAGGGUGGUGAUGCCAAGACUGUACCGCCCGGAGCAACUUAUUACGAGGACAGGCCUGGCGCGAAAGGCAAACUCGAUCAUGAGAAAAGUGAUGGAGCCGAGGAGGUGGGAAAACCACGGGUUGCAAAGGCCGACUCUGACAUAGCAAACCAUGUUUCGAAAUUGCAACAACAGACUGCUAAGUCACAGAGUAUUGUUGGAACUGAGCCUCCUGAUGAACUAUCUAUCGCCCAGAAGUCGGGGGCCGACACUACCAUUGAUAAAAACGAUGAAAAGAACGAUAAGAAGGCUCCUGCGAACGAUACCGGCGGAGCAGAAGACAGAACAGAUGGUCCACAGCCUGAACAUACUCUGGAAGUCAAGGAAGGAUCUGAGGAUGAUCAGUUGAAUGGACCUACAGGUACUGAUUCUGACGAGGAUCCUUUUGCGGGCCUCAAUGAGUUGGCAAGCAUGGACAUUUACGAUCUGUCAAACUACACUUUCGGGAAAAAGAACCAAGAGAGUAAGUCAAAAGUCAUGCAGCUGAUGCCGAGGGCCGAAAUGGCAAAGGUGUUGGAGAAGAACUAUGAAGAACGAGGCAUGCGACGGUCGGUAGGUGGUGUCAUUCUUGUUCAUUCACACAACUUUCCCCACAUAUUACUUCUUCAAAGAAGUGACGGAAAGGGCGAGUACGCCUUACCUGGCGGAAAGUUGCGACCUGGUGAGAGCGAUGAAGAGGGCUUGCAGCGCAAGCUAAACACGAAGCUCAAGCCAGAAGGUCAAGCAGACACAGAUGAAGAACAAGAACUAGACGUCGGAGAAAGAAUUUGCAACUGGUAUGCCACCGACUUUCACAGGAGAUAUUACCCCUAUGUCCCAGCACAUGUCACAAAGGUCAAGGAGGAACUGCAUGUUUAUAUUGUAUUACUGCCCAACAAGUUCAUGUUUUCCGUACCCAAAAACUUGCAGCUUGUAGCGGUUCCGCUCUUUGAGCUUUUCAAAAAUUCAGCCACCUACGGAGAUGUGAUAAGCGCCAUUCCGCCGCUGCUGUCUCGAUGGCAUAUUAACUACUGCUAG